CGGAAAUAGGACAAGAUCAUCCGUCAAGUCUGACAUCAACACAUAGAACGGUGUGAUGUAGAAGCCAGUAGAAGACAAUAUGGCCUUUAACCGGUUUCCAGGUCCCAGGCCUGGUGUAAACUUUAUGAUGGGUCCAUCUCCUAACACAGCCACCAUACCAGUGCCCAGGGGCAGUAUGUUCCCAGUAAUGGCUGGACCUCCAGAUCAAGCUCGGCAAGGGAAGCACUUUAUGAUGAGACGAGAUCAUAUGAACCUUAACAAUAGCAGUGAGAGAGACACUGGGUACUGGAAGGGGGAUGACAUGGACAGGGAGUCUCCGGAUAGAAAUCCUCACUUGGACAGAAUGCCUCGUAAGAGGAGACUUGAGAGAGGGGGUGAUCUUGAGAACCUGCCAGCCCAACAGAUGGCGGUAUUUGAUUACCAUCACAAAGCAAGAGAUUCUGACGAGGAGAUUGUUGAGAGAGAAGAAAACCGGUAUAGUCCACGCAGUAUGCGAGACGAAGGAGAUGGAGAGCCUAGUAAAAAGAUGUGCUACAGUGAAGAUGUUGGGCAAGCUGCAUUUGGAAGGGCAAGAAACGUACCAGACAGGUUUCUUGGUGGGGCACCUCCAAUCGAUGGGAGUGGUGGUGUGAUAAAAUCCAUCCUGAAACAAGACCAGAAGAGUAAAAGAGAAGACAGAGGAAAAGAAGAGAGGGGGAAAGAAGACCGGGGAAGGAAAGACAGGGGAAGAGGAGACAGGGGAAGAAAAGACAGGGGAAAAGCAGACAGGAGUAGGGAAGACGAUGGACACGAUGAUGCGCUUAUGAAACAUGCAGCAGAAGUGUUUGGCUCCUCGCAUCAGGGGAAUAAGCAUCCGACCAAGAACACGCCAAGAGAUGCAGCAAGACAUGGUCCCACUUCCACCUCAGAAGAGGAGUAUAGGCUUAGGAGGUCACUGCGGUCUCCGGAAAGAAGAUCCCCAUCGAGGUCCUUAGAGGGGAGAUUGUCAUCUAGGAGGUCACCUGAUCUACAUUCUUCUUUUCAUAGAGAAGAUGAUUUGACAAUGAGUAACAAUCCGAGAGAUUCAUACAUGCACUCUCCAGACAGAAGUCAAUACGAUGAUAGAGAUGACAGGCCUGAGAAACGAAAUAUGGGCCAUUUUUCUGGUAGAAAUUUUAGAAGUGAAAGAAAUUCACCUGGUAGAAGAGAACUGAGACAAUCACCCAAUCGGAGCUUCAGGGAUGAACGACGAUCACGAGAUAGAGAUUCAAGACUAGAUAGAGAUUCAAGACUAGAUAGAGAUUCAAGACAAGAUAGAGAUUCAAGACAAGAUAGAGAUUCAAGACAAGAUAGAGAUUCAAGACUAGAUAGAGAUUCAAGACAAGAUAGAGAUUCAAGACUAGAUAGAGAUUCAAGACUAGAUAGAGAUUCAAGACAAGAUAGAGAUUCAAGACUAGAUAGAGAUUCAAGACUAGAUAGAGAUUCAAGACAAGAUAGAGAUUCAAGACUAGAUAGAGAUUCAAGACUAGAUAGAGAUUUAAGACAGCAGUCUCCUAAUAGACAUUUUAGAGAUGACAGGCAUUCUCUUGAACGAAGAGAUUCCCCAAACAGACGUUUUAGAGAUGAUUUAAGUCUCUCACCAGAUAGAGUCUUUUGGGAUGACAGACACUCGCCUGAUAGAAGCUACCCACGUGACGGAUAUUCUCCGAUCAGCAGCAACAGGGAUGAAAGACUGUCAACUGACAGAAGUUUGAAAGAUGACAGCCGAUCUUCUCGAAGAAGAGGAUCAUUAGACCGAAAUGUUAGGAAGGAUUCAAGCCCCUACAGCUCCUCAUACAGACAUAGAAGCGAUGAUAGGGGCGGUUCCCAAUCCAGGAGAGGUCGGUUUGGUAGUUCAGACAGAUACGUUGGAGCAGUAGAUGCUGGAGAAGGGUUAUCUCUACUUCACAAAGAUCAUGGUCAAGACCAUCGCUCAGACGACAAAGGUGGUGAUAAGACAUGGAAAUGUGUUGGGUGUGGAUUAAACAACUUUAUUUCUCGGCUCAAGUGUUACAAAUGUAAAAAAUUUAGAGUGAAGACUUUAGAAGAAACCACGGAUGAUACCACGUCUUAUCCUCCAGGGGCUGCCAAUCCAAGGAAGACCCCAGAUGAAUGUAAGAAGAGGAUCCAUGUGUCUAACUUAGCUAUGGACACGUCAGCUGAAGAUCUGUACAACACCUUCUCAGAAUGUGGAAAGGUUAUGUUUGCCAACAUCGUUGUCAAGCGAGGGAGUAAAAGGUCGAAGGGGUAUGGAUUUGUGUCCUUCAACAAGGCCAGCGAGGCAGCAAAUGCUGUCACCAAGCAUUUCCGAAUCAGGGGAAAUCGUAUUUUUUCUAAUCCUGUUAAGUUUACGGAGAAAUUAUCGACCCUUUAUGAUGACAUCAGCUCUGAGGAGGAGGACCCUGGGCCAAUGUUCCUCUGUAGUGUGGAUCGCUGUGGCUUCCAGGGAACACAGCAGCAAUUCCGUCGCCACUGGAAGGAAAUCCAUUUGAGUUUUUGCAACUUCCUCAUCUGCGCGGUGUGUGACACAGGAUGUGCAGACCGCAGGGGGAUGAGAACCCACUUGAUAUAUGGCCAUGGUGUCACCGAUGAAGGAGGAACCAUGGAUAAUAUCCUUGGGAAUGUCAAGGUGGAGUCGAGACACAAUCCUUAUUAUGUAGACCCUUGUUGUGAUGAAAAAGAAGCUAUGGUGGAGAUUUUUGGAAAGAGUGAUCCCACUGCACCAGAAAGUUACAAUCCCUUCAAGGUGUACAAGUGUCCAGAAAAAGAAUGUUCAUUUGCUGCCUCAUCGGCUUCUUUCUUGCAACAUUGGAAUUCGAAGCAUCUCGAGUCGACCAAUGUCCUGUCAUGCCCUGUGUGCUCAAUCCAUUUUGUCCGGAAGAUUAAGCUGAUUGAACAUUUCAGAAUAGGCCAUGGAAUUCGUACUCAUGGUGGUAUGAGUGGACAUACAGUUGCUGGUGCUGAGAGGAUUAGUUCUGAUGAAGAUGAGGAGGAAUUCAGAACCCCAUCUGCCAAAUUCAUGUGCAAAGUGAUGGCUUGUUAUUUCCAGGGUCCGAAAUCGGCUUUCCAUCGUCACUGGCAAGAAAAACAUGUAUUGAUGGAAAAUUAUUUUUGCUGCCCAUACUGUAGCAUUGGAUGUAAGGAUCAGCCCGAGAUUCGAUACCACAUGAUCACUGAACACAAAGUGAAGGAUUAUGACCCCAUUCUGGAUGAUGCUUUAACUAGGACUUUCAUCAGAGAAAGACAUAAUCCCGAUUUCUUGGACCCAGGUAAUGUUGAGCGUGAAGCAAAGAUUGAAAUUCAACUUGCCCGAAAACCUGUUCUAGAUUCUGACCAGAAACAACCUUCUAGGUCAAAAAGUGUUGCUGGAACAUCAAGAGAGAAAGAGUCUAGUAAGAAGACCACCUCUUCAAUCAAGACUGACGAAAAGUCAAAACCAAAGUCAAAAUCUAGUGAUGGAAGAGCUCAAGACAAGAGAACUGAGUCAGCUAGUUCAUCCAAAAACACCAAGCAAGCUGCAUCAUUUAUCGAUAAGCCUCCAGACUUUUUGAUGAUGAAGUACGAUGCGCAGAAAGUGGAUAGCAUCAAGAAGUUCCUGGCAUGGACAGACAGCCUGAUGGAAAAGCUAGAGGAGUCUCAUCAUGAAGCUCGGAAGAAGUUGCAGGAGCUUGAGGAGAAGAAGAGCAAGUUGAAGGAGGUUGAUGAGAAGAAGAGAAAGUUGAAAGAGGUUGAGAAGAGGGGCAAACCGAAGGAUGUUGAGAAGAAGAGCAGUAGAACGAAAGAAGCUAAUGGGAAGAAAUAAUGUUGGAAUAUUAUGUUUGAUUGUGCCUUAUAAUUUGGAACCAAGGAGAAUUUAUGGGUAGGGACUGCUAUUGUGAAUGAGUAGUUAUGCAAAUGUGUGAGAACUCAGCUGAAGAAAGAUGACUGUGUUGGUUAUAUUAUUGACUGACAUUUCCAGUAUGUGAACGGUGGGAACUUCUUGUUCUUUGUCCAUACUGUUGAAAGAGAGGCCAGAGGAAGGUAAAUGAUGCCCGGGUUGGGGACAGGAUGCAAUACAGAGCUGUAGUGGGUUGAUCCUGUGUGACAUGAGUUUUUGAAGUUCGGAUCAACAUUUUGAUCAGGUAAAUGUAGGAUAUCAUUCAUUUGGAUUGAUGGACAUCCUUGACAGAUGAUCAUGAAUAAACAUGGACGAAGAUCAACUCUCAAAACAGAGCCAUGCUAAAGAUUAGAAAGAGGUGAUCCCACUGACCACAUCACAUCAUCUCUUCAGAGAGCUGUUUAAUAAUAAUAUGUAAAUCGUCACUCCCUCCCAUCGGAACAUGUCUACAUUUACUUCCUUUGCAGAUUCUUAUAGUCAAGAUGAAAUAAGCAACAUCAUGUUCUGCAGGAAUAUCAUGAAGCAUUCUCCAGGACAUUACACAUGUUUGAAGUAACAUAGUUUCUUUUGAAACUUAUUUGGAGAAGGUGGACAAGACUGAGGAGAAGACAUGUGUUUGGACAACUGUUGGAUGAUGAUAGUGAACAUAGUGUGUUGAACCUUUCUUUGUCAACCAAAGAUGACCAGAAGAGCUGAAAAGGACACUCUGUUUUUGAGAAAUAAUGGUAACUGUAGAACAUUUGACAUCAGUGUUAAUGUUUGGUAAGUGUACUUGUAUCCAGACAUAAUUGAGCUGAAUAUUAAUGUCGUAGCACAGGGACACUGCAGUGAAGUAUAUGAUAGGUUUCGUCAGGAAAUAUAGGGGAAGUUUUGAAGCUGUCAUGUCAUGCACAGUAUGAAGAUUGCGAACUCAGAGAUCAAAGUGGGGAGGCAUCAAGUGGCUGGUAGACCUACAGUGUAAUCCUAGUGGCUGGUCGCUCGCUCGCUCAUGCAAGAUGGUGCCAGGCCUGAGUGUUGGAAGAUGUAGAUGCCACAUGUUCACAUGAAGGUUGAUCAUUCAAGUCAUACCAACAUCCAGAAAGUGCAUGUCUAUAAGUGUGAGAUUCGGGUCUUUCUUUCGUUGAGAUCCAGCAGCCCUGUGCUGCUUUGUCUGUGUAUGUCACUCUUUGAAGAUUCUUGGAGCCUUGACGUGUAUGUCAAUCUUUGAAGAUUCUUGGACCCUUGUCGUGUAUGUCAAUCUUUGAAGCUUCUUGGAGCCUCAUCAUGUUUGUUGGUCUGUAAAGAUUCUUGGAUCCUCGUCGAGUAUGUAAAUCUUUGAAGAUUCUUGGAUCCUCGUCGAGUAUGGACCUUUGUCGAGUAUGUCAAUCUUUGAAGAUUCUUGGAAUCUCAUCGUGUAUGUCAAUCUUUGAAGAUUCUUGGAGCCUCAUCAUGUUUGUUGGUCUGUAAAGAUUCUUGGAUCCUCGUCAAGUAUGUCAAUCUCUGAAGAUUCUUGGAGCAUCGUUGUGUAUGUCACUCUUUAAAGGUUCUUGGAUCUUCGAUUUGUGACGCUGUUCGUGUGUAAUCUGUUUAGAUCUACUAUACCUUCAUUACAUAAUGUUUUCCGAGAUCCACCAUUCAGAUGACCGGACAUGGUUACAUGGUUGUGUUUGUAAGCUGUCCUAUUGUGACACAAGUAGACUUUAUGACUAAGUUUAUGAAACUCAGUUUUACAAUUACAAUCUCAAUCCUUAGCAACACCAGUAUACUUACCGGGGUGGUGGGGUAGCCUAGUUGUUGAAGCAUUGGCUCGUCACACCAAAGACCCGUGUUCAAUUCCCCACAUGGGUACAAUGCGUGAAGCCCAUUUGCCGGUGUCCCCUGUGGUGAUAUUGCUGGAAUAUUGCUAAAAGCGGCGUAAAACCAUAUUCACUCACUUGCCCAGUAUAUUUACCACACGUGAACAUUAUUGCCUUGUAAUAAAACACUCCAUGUAACUGCAUCGAUUAUUGUAUUUUAAAGUUUGACCUUCCUUGUUCUUCUUGGGACACAAGUAUCCCAGGUAUAUCAAGAACCAAGAUUCAGGUUGGGUCCCAUAGCUCUGCCAGGAUCCAAUGGGGAUCAUUCGUAUGUUUGCAUCUGCCCUCCACACAUGUCAUCUGCGCCACUUGGGGCUGCCAUUUCAUUGAGCUGUCACACUGAUAUAACUGAAAGCCUGUUCAAAGCUGCAUUAAACCUAAAUCACUCACUCGCCUACUUGUCACAUACAAUGACAGUUAUUUUAGAAUUCUUGGUAUUGUGGAAGUUGCUCCAGUGUCUACUUCGGAAACACUCAUGUCACAAAUGCCACACUUUUCAAGAUGGUUGAGUGGUCCUGAAUACAACGCUAAUUUUAACAUAAGAAUUGGAGAGAAGUUUGAUGUACAGAAGAUUCGACUGGUGAAUUUUAAUGGAGAAUCGGUAUUGUGCCCAUGAAGAGAUUGAUGUCCAGAAUUUGUGUAGUUUGAAGUUGGUGGUUUCCAGUGUUUCCUCCUAAACUCCCGGAAGAGCAAGAAGAGAAGCAGGUCGGUUUUGGGUUGUUCUGUCAGUAUUGACUUGCAUGUGAGGAUACCAUAUUUUGUGGAGAAUUCAUUCAAACCUUUCAAUAAAUCAGGGCCCCAGAUAACUUUCUUGGCUAUUACUAAUAUUUUAUUUUCACAUUCGGUAUUUACAGUUUCCUUUUGGUGUUCUGUUGGAAUUUAUAAACCAAUAACAUAACACAAUUAAACUUAUAUUAAUUAAACUGCUGUUACAGAUGGCAAUUUAAGCAUUAUUCUCUGCAGCAGAUUGGCAAAUACAGACCCUUAAGAAAUAUAGGCACUCAAACUUUGAAGGGUAAAUGCGCACAUUGUUGUUAUACCGUUGGGGUUUUGACAUUUUUCAUGUGUAUUAGUACGGAAGCAACUCAAAAUUAAUUAGAUAAUGGCGAUUUAUUUUAUCUGGAGCUCUGAUCUCUCGUUCUGUGAAAGUCGUUCAGGUAUCAAUGAAUUGUAAAUUUGAGUGAAUCGUGCCACCAUGGGAUGACAGCGGGCACCAGCUUUUCUAAAUCCUACUACUCAGCUUUCAGAAAUGAAAAGUGAGAAACCAAAUCUAUAUGUAUGAUAUUGAAGAUAUGAAAUUGAAAGUACCUGGACCUUUUUCAAUGAAGAUCGGGGGAUCGGAAACCUAUGAUUGAGAGUUCGAAUCCCGGUUCGCCCAGAUAAUGUUUCUAGGUUUGUCAGCACCAUACCCGUGCUCGUGGGUUUCAUCGAAGUGGUAAACAUCUGAGAC